UACAACCAUGGGCUGUACGUUCUCAGGAAUUGAAGAGGUCAACCUCGAAAAGAGGGAACUGGAAACAUACGUAACUCCCGAGGACAUCCGAUUGGUCAAGGAGAGCUGGAAAAUCGUAGGACAGGAUCUAAAUGGAGCCGGGAUGAUGGUCUUCCACAAGUUGUUUGAGAAGAAUAAGGACCUUAAGAAGCUGUUCCACAACCUGACCCGACUGGAGGCGGACGGAGAGGUGGUGCUGGAUGACGAGAAGUUACAGACACACUCACGGAUCGUGAUGGACGGCCUGGGGGCGGCGGUGGAGAGUCUAGAGGACUCCGUUAUACUGACCAACAUCCUGAUCCUGAUGGGCGAGCGCCACGCCGGAUAUCACGUCAGACCGGAAAUGGUCGGGCUUUUAUGGCCCGCCAUUAGGGAUACCUUUAAAGAAAAGUUAGAAGACGAUUUUACUCCCGAUAUUGCACGUGCGUGGACGCACGUGUUUGACUACUUAAAGGCCAGAUUCCAGGAAGGUAUCCGCCGGGGCCGAAAUCAGAAGAACGAGAUGUGAGCGUGACGUGAGCGAGAUGUCAUCAAUAUUUUAGGAAUUAUGACAAAUUCCAAAUAAAAUGCUCAUAAAAGUAUUUAACUAUCUGAUACAGUGAUUGAGUUAUACUCAGGGAUUUCUAGAGUGUGACGAAACAGUUAUUACUCUCUAUCGAUUGACUUCGAAUUCAUGUCAAGACUGUCAUAAAAUUAUUAAUAGGACGUGACAAUGUUUAGCUACGUUCAGGCUGGAAAUCGAUGUCACGUGACUUUGUACAUUUCCGGUUUAUUUAUCAUCAAUGAUUCCGUCCAUAAUAAAUGUUUUCUGAUCAAAAGAGUUGAGGAUUUUUUAUGUUUGAUAUUUG